AUGGAUAAUCCUGGGCAUAGUAUAUUUGGUGGGAUCAGCUUGCACUUAGAGGGUAUUACAACCCCUGAUCUUGAUGAUGAACGAGAGCAAGAAGAAUAUCAAAGAGAGGAAGAAGAAGAAAAUAAAAGGAGAGAAGAAGAAAUUAAAAAUAUAUUAGCUAAUGCUUUCGAUGAUCUUGAAGAGGAAGAAUCGUACGUAAAUCAUUCCAGUCAUUACUCAGUAUCUUCCAACUACCCUCAAAGAAAUCCCAUUCAUGAGAAUGCAGACAGCUCAGAAAGUCAUCAAGAAGUGCAUCAUGCUCAUGACAUUGAUACUGGCAGACAGACAGAUUUUAGGGACUUAAAAAGUAGUGUAAAUGAGUAUGGUCACAUAAAUCAUUAUGAUCAUGAGGAUCAGCAGAACCACUCUCUUGAGGAUCAUGACAGUAAUCAACCCCUGUCUAGUAGCAGUAGCCAGAGGAGCAUAUCCCCAUGGACCAAUGACAGUCAAGGUGAUCACUCUAGCAGAUUUAGCCCAUUUGUAGCCCAUGAGACUGAUGGGAACUUUAACAAUUUGUCUGACUAUCAAGACCCACAACAGAGCAAUUUUGAAAUGAAUAGAAAAACUGUGUAUGAUAAUGAAGGGUCUUCAUAUGUUGCUUCUGAAGCUUAUCAUGCUGACCAUUAUAAGUCUAACAUCACUGAUAAUGGGGGUGAUAAAGAAGUAUUAAGAAAUCAGUAUAAUGAAGCAGACACAGCUUAUGAUCAACUGAAGCUUUUGUAUGAAGCUAGAGGUAGAGAACUAGAUAAACAGAUGUCUGAAUUAUCAAAGAUGAAGUUUGAAAGUAGUCGUGAUAUUCGGGUGUUACAGCAUCAGCUCAAUCUCCUAAAAUCUGACAAUGAAAGUAAAAAUGCCAGUGUAAGUCAGCUACAAAUUCUUCUUACAGAUAAAGAUGAAAGACUAAAGAGCUUAGUAAGUGACCUCAAUGAAAUUAAUGACAAACUUAAAGCUGUUCAAGAUGAAAACAAGAAGAUCCACUUUCAACUAGAAACAGCAGAGUCUACUAUAUCUAGUUUAGAAUGCCAAAUUUCUGAAUUAAAAGCUGCUGAUAGCUUGUCUAGAAAUCAGCAGCUACAUGAAGAUUUUGUUCGGAAACUUCAGCAGGGCAGUAAGGAAGAAAAGAAUUUGCUCUUAACUAAAUGUCAGGAAGCACAAAGAGAAGUUGAGGCAGGUCAGCAAGAAAUUAAAAGAUUGAGAGAUGAGCUGAAGAAUUUAAGAGCAACCUAUGAUGAUGCACUUAUACAAAAAUCAGAAACUGUAACAAAACUCACACUCACAGUUGAAACGUUAAGAAAACAAUACGAAGAUCUGUUACAUGCUCAUGAUGUCCAGCAGAUCUUAGAGCUGCAGUUAAAAAUCAAGACACUUGAAUCCAACAAACAAAAUUUAGAAAAUAAAGUUUGCACUUUAGAACAAGAUUUAGCAAAACAUAAAGAGGAACUAGAUGGAUUUGAUACUGUAAUGAAGUUAGGUAUUUGGAAUCAAAUGGUGACAGAAGAGGAUUCUCUGGAGCAGUUGGGUAUUAAGAAAACACUAAACUAUGAUGAUACUCACAUGGGAGACAAAAAGAAGGAUAGCCACAAAUUCACUGAAACAGAGGAAAAGCUAAUGAUAAGGGAUGAACUGAAAAGAAGUUUGUUGAUCAAUAAAGCUAAACGAGAUGAGAUAAGCAUGUUGAAAGAAGAGAGCCAAGAGAAACAAGCCCUGCUUAAGAAAGCUCAAAGUGACCUCAAGGAUGCCCUCUUAAAAAUUAAGGAACUACAGAGAAGUUUAAUGAUAUUAAAAUUGGAGCAUUCUGAAUGUCAGUUGCAAGGUGAUAAUGAUACCAUUGAUAAUCAAGCUAGUGUUACAGCAAUACAAGCUGAAAAUGUUUCUCUUCGAAAAGAGCUUGCCCUUCUUCAAAGCCCUAUCGGAGAAUUAAAACAUUCUUUCAAGGAGUUGAGCGAUUUGAUUCAACAUUGCAAGAAUAGUGUUCCUAAUUCGAAUUCAGAAGAUGACUCCGUUUCUAUAAUUAAUAGGUAUGAGAAACUGCUACAGCAUGCAGAUUCAUAUAGAAAUUUUAUUGCAGAUACUGAAAAUUUUCAGAAAGAGUUAUCUGAGGUCAGAGAAGAAAACCGUAAAUUGCAUGAAAGUCGAGUUUUGUGGGAGAAAAGAAUGAAUGACAUACAAAUCAGAUUGAAAGUUUCGGAAAAAAUGAUUGUUAAUGCUGUAAUUGAUGAAGGAAAAAGUAAUGAUUACAACCAUGCAUGUAAUACUAUUCAGAAGCUGCUUGAAGAUAUACAGGCACUAAUAAAGGUUGUCAAAAAAGAAAAUUCUGAUGUAUAUCAUGAGAACGUGAAUUUAAGAGAUCAGUUAUCAUCUCAUCACUUGGAACUGGACAGACUGAAAAAGAAACUUCAAGAUAUUAGAGAGGAAAAGAAAAUGCUGGAGGAAGAAAUGAUGACUUUGUCUAAAAAGAAGGAUGAAGAAAGGGCUUUAGCCGUAGAAAGUUGUCAAAAUACGUACUUGAAGUUCCACGAGGAAGCUGUGCGCGAACUGGAGAUAAAAAUUAAAACAGAUUAUGAAAACAUUGCUUGCAGUCUGAAAGAGGAAAUUACUAGACUUUCAGAUGAACUGAAUAACACAAAAGAGUUGUACAUCAAGGUAUGUCAGGAAAAAGAUGAAAUUGAGCAUACAUAUAGGACAGCAACUGAAGAAAAGACAGAAUUGGAAAGACAAAAGUCUAGAGAUAUUAGUGGAGAAACUAUCACUUUAACCCCAGAUUCUGGUGUUGGAGAUAAUGAAAAUAUGUACAAAGAGCAGCCUAUUGCUUUAUAUAAAAAGAAAAUAAAUGACCUUGAGAUAAAAUUAGCAAAUUUGAAAGAAAAAUACAAUGAAGAAAACAAGGAAAUAGUAACAGAAAAGCAGAAUCUAAAGUUAAAAUACAGGAAGCAAGUGGAAGAAAUUAACACUGUUCGACAGGAAUCUUCCAGAUCUGUAGAAGAAUUACAGAACAGAUGUUCUGCAUUAGAGAAAGUUAAUAGCAAUCUGAAAGACCAAUGUCAGAGACUAGAGGAUGAGAUACUGAAAAUGAAGGAAAGUAAAAAGUCAGAAAACGAGGAGUUAAGACAGCCUGAAAGUUGGCGCAUUUUUUUAGAAAGACAACAAAAACGAUUAGAUGAAGAAAAAGAAGAAAUGAAGAGACAGUAUGAGAAUCUAAUUGAAGAACUACAGAAUAAAUAUACCAAGGCCGAAAGUUCCAAGCUAUUAGAAAACAAGGUGAGAGAGCAGGAAGAAGAUAUGAAAUUGUUAGAAAAUAAAGUGAGAGAGCAAGAAAAAGAUAUAAAAACAAUUACUGAUGAACUUGAAAGAAUGAAGGAUAAAUUCAAUUAUAGAGGUCAAGAGCAUGAGCAGGAAACACAAAGAUUAACAGACAUAAUUCAAAAUCUGGAGAGUGAGGUUAAAGAAAAAGAAGAGGAAAAUAAUAACACAAGAGCUGCUUUCCAGAAGUUUAUACAGGAGUUAAAAGAACAAGAGGAAUCUUUGAAACAAAAAUUGCAAAGAGUUGAAGAAGAGGUUAUUAGGCUAAGGGAGACUGAAGGCAAAUAUAAUUCGUUAAAGCUCAAAGUUAAUAAGUAUCGUGCAUCAUCAAAAGAGUUAAGUGCUUACUAUGAAGAAAGACUAGAGACGCUUGCCACAGAAUAUUCGGCUGCCAAAGAAACUUUGCUGGAACGAGUCAGGGCAUACCUGGAAGAAGUUAAGCAGAAGUGCAUCCUCUGUAUAGACUCAAUAAUAUCUACUCUUAAAGAGCUUGAUAAUAUGCAGAUCUCAUUGGAUGCCACUCUUAUUGAGUUGGAGGAAUUGUCCAAGGAGCUUAGGAAUUUUUGUCUACACUUAAAAUAAGAUUGUUU